AUGUAUACUAGUAACAGUAAUCAUCAUGGAAGUGCGUCUCCCUCAGGACAAGGCUAUUAUAUGUCACAGCAACAAGAUCAACAGCAGCAACAGUAUUCCAACGAUAUGAAUUCCUACCAACAAAUAUCUAGACCGCCUGCUGCAGGAUUCAGCAGUAACUAUAUGAAGGAGCAAGGCUCUCAUCAAUCAUUGCAAGAACAUUUACAGCAACGUGAGACCGGCAACACGGGCGGUGGUUUUACAGAUAUCCCAACACUAAAUUAUCCUGCCACACCGCCGCCACAGAAUAACUAUACCGCACCAAAUCAGAUGAUUAGCACCCCACCUCCAUCCAUGGGAGGUCUUUACAGGCACAAUAACAAUUCUCAGAGCCUGGUGCAAAACGGCAAUGGAGGCGGAAAUGUUCUGCAAUCCCAAUUAUCUCCAGGUCAGUAUUCCAUAGAAUCAGAGUAUAAUCAAAAUAUAAAUGCCAGCACGUCUAGUAGCCCAUUCCAUCAACCGCAAACAGUCCAGAGCAAUGGAUCGUACUCAAGUGGGUUAAGAAGCGUUAAGAGUUAUCAAAGAUUACAGCAAGAACAAGAAAAUGCCCAGUUUCAACAACAAGUGCCUCCAGCGCAGCAGCAAAAUUCACAGCAUCAACAGCAACAGCAACAACUUCAAUUUCAGCAACAACAACAACAGCAACAACAACAGCAACAGCAACAACAACAGCAACAACAACAACAACAACAACAACAACAACAGCAACAGCAACAGCAACAGCAACAACAACAACAACAACAACAACAACAACAACAGCAGCAACAGCAACAGCAACAGCAACAAUCACCUGUUCAGGGAGGCUUCAGCAAUGGUAGCAUAUCUAGCUACAUGUAUUUCGAAAGACGGCCUGACCUGCUGACGAAAGGAACACAAGAUAAAGCAGCCGCUGUGAAGUUGAAGAUUGAAAAUUUCUACCAAUCAUCCGUUAAGUACGCCAUUGAAAGAAACGAAAGAAGAGUGGAAUUAGAAACCGAACUCACAUCUCAUAAUUGGUCGGACGAAAGAAAAUCUAGGCAACUGAGUUCUUUAGGUAAGAAAGAAUCUCAAUUUUUAAGGUUGCGCAGAACGAGAUUAUCGUUGGAAGACUUCCACACCGUCAAAGUUAUCGGGAAAGGUGCUUUUGGUGAAGUGAGACUUGUCCAAAAAAAAGACACUGGAAAAAUAUACGCAAUGAAAACCUUAUUAAAAUCUGAGAUGUACAAAAAGGACCAGUUAGCCCACGUCAAGGCUGAAAGGGAUGUAUUGGCCGGUAGUGACUCUCCAUGGGUUGUUUCAUUAUACUACUCCUUCCAAGAUACUCAAUAUCUAUAUUUGAUCAUGGAAUUCUUACCUGGUGGUGAUUUGAUGACUAUGCUGAUCAGAUGGCAAUUAUUCACGGAGGAUGUAACCAGGUUUUAUAUGGCAGAAUGUAUUUUAGCCAUCGAGACUAUUCAUAAAUUGGGCUUUAUUCACAGAGAUAUCAAACCAGAUAAUAUUUUGAUUGAUAUUAGAGGCCACAUAAAGCUAUCUGAUUUUGGGCUAUCUACAGGUUUUCAUAAGACUCACGAUUCGAACUACUAUAAAAAGCUAUUACAAGAAGAUGAGGCUACCAAUGGUAUUUCCAAGCCAGGUACCUACAAUACAAAUGCAAAUGAUACCGCGAAUAAAAGACAAACAAUGGUUGUGGAUUCUAUUAGUUUGACGAUGUCGAAUAGACAACAAAUACAAACGUGGAGGAAAUCACGCCGUUUGAUGGCUUACUCUACAGUGGGUACGCCAGAUUAUAUCGCGCCUGAAAUUUUCUUAUACCAAGGUUAUGGGCAAGAAUGUGAUUGGUGGUCACUUGGUGCGAUUAUGUAUGAAUGUUUAAUUGGUUGGCCUCCAUUCUGUUCUGAAACCCCACAAGAGACGUACAGAAAAAUCAUGAACUUUGAACAAACUUUACAAUUCCCAGACGAUAUCCAUAUCUCUUAUGAAGCGGAAGAUCUUAUCCGCCGACUUUUAACGCAUGCUGAUCAAAGACUUGGUAGACACGGUGGCGCAGAUGAAAUAAAAACUCAUCCGUUUUUCCGUGGUGUCGAUUGGAAUACAAUUAGACAAGUAGAAGCACCAUACAUACCAAAGUUGAGCUCCAUUACGGAUACCAGGUUCUUCCCAACAGACGAGUUAGAGAACGUACCUGAUUCUCCAGCUAUGGCACAAGCUGCCCAACAAAGAGAACAAAUGACAAAGCAAGGUGGAAGCGCACCAGUUAAAGAAGAUUUGCCGUUCAUUGGUUACACUUACUCCAGGUUUGAUUAUUUGACAAGAAAGAAUGCGCUAUAG